AACCUCUCUCAGGACACCCGCCACUGGGAAUCACUCUCCCCCGAUGAGCGCCACUUUAUCACCCACGUCCUCGCAUUCUUUGCCUCCUCCGACGGAAUCAUCCUCGAGAAACUCGUCGGCCGGUUCAUGAAGGAAGUGCAAGUGGCGGAGGCCAGAGCCUUCUACGGGUUCCAAAUCGCGACCGAGAACAUCCACUCCGAGAGGUACAUCCUCCUCCUCGAGACCUACAUCAAGGACUCCGACGUGCCUCUUCCGCGCCAUCGAGACGGUGCCUUGUGUGGCCAAGAAGGCCCAGUGGGCCUUAAAGUGGAUCGACGGCGGGGAAUCGUUCGCCGAGAGGUUGAUUGCGUUUGCCUGCAUUUAAGGGAUCGUCUUCUCUGGUAG